ACAGGAGUUUUGUGAAGCCAGUGGGACACAAUACAUGGAGAGAUGACCAACCAAUCACUCCUGAUGAGGGGAGUGGAAYCUCAACCCAGCCCAUUAUCGUGAAAGAGACUGCAGAUGCAGAGGCUGCUGGUCCUGGGGUCAAGCUGGAGAGGUCUGAAGGAGAGGAGGACCCACAGCAAAGCAGAGACAUCCAGUCUGGACCGACUGGAGCGCGCCCUGUUGCCACAGAGGACACCGCUCCAGCGCAGUCCAGUUCCCAACGCAGCGUCACGGAGGUCUGUGGAACGCCAAACGCUGUCCUCAAGUCAGAGACGGACACUGAGACUUUAACUGUAACACACAGGCUCUUACACACAGGAUCUGACCACAGGUCAGACCCAGAGAUACUUGGGCUGGGGCCAGUGGGCUGUCCUCCUGUUCCCGGCUCAGAAUACUUACCGAUAUUUCACCAGGUCCAGAGGACGGUUCAUUCUYGUGGAGAUGGUGAGGUGUUAUACACUGGCGUUGAUGACCUGUCUUGUACUUACGCUACAGAGAUGGACCCUGGCAACGUAUCCUUGGAUUUAGAGACACAGAAUGAUCUGUCUAGAGGGGACUGGAACCGGUACAGCAGUAGUGUAUACUCUGAAGGGUGCCUAGAUAAGAAAGGAGAGGUUAUAGUCGUAGACGAAGUGACUGUGAAAGUGGAGGGCAACGCUCCUCCCACAUGGAAUGCAGAUAGUCACCUAGGAGACGGACACUCACAAGGCAGAGAUUUCUUAGAUUACAGGGAAAGCUUAGAGACAAAUCCAAACGUCGUCCACCCGUUCCGGGAUCGCGACCCAGUGUCCACGUCAAUGGGGCCUUCUGAUUCACACAGCUGCGCCCUUUUGGAUCAGGCAUUGAACUCAAAAGACAGGGCUAGAGCCCAGGCUUUGGGAGGGGGAGCAACAUCUGGCAAAAAACAGGGGGUGAAACCCUUUAGCUGUACCCAGUGUUCUAUGCGCUUCGCCCAGGCUGGCAACCUGAAGAGGCACCAGAGGGUACACACAGGGGAGAAACCCUUCAGCUGUACCCAGUGUCACAUGUGUUUCGCCCAGGCUGGUGACCUGAAGAGGCACCAGAGGGUCCACACAGGAGAGAGACCUUACAGCUGCCCCCAGUGUGAGAAGAGGUUCUCCCACCAGCACCAUCUGAAGAUGCACUUGAAGAUCCACACUGAAGCGAGGCUGUUCGCCUGUACGCCCUGCGGGAAGAGAUUUUCAGAGAAGAGCUACCUCAGGAUACACCAGCAGAAAAACCAUUCCACUCUAUAACAUAGAAAGUAACCAUUUGACUCGAUAGCUUCUGACGUUUAGAUCAAACCCUGCAUUAAAAGAUUAACUUUCAUUGUUGUCAGAAGAAAAUGUUGAUUAACAAGAGUCACAGAUUUCAGUGUUGAAUAUUCCUGGGUAGAAUAUUGCAUCCAGGCAUUGUGCCUAAAAAAAAUUGUGUUUGUACUGUGUAGGCCAGUGGUCACCAACCUAUUCAAGAUCACUUUCAUUGAUCUAUCGCUCAGAAUUGUUUUUAAACAUUACUUAACAGUUCUGUAAGAAUGAGGUUUGUGCAGUAGGCCUAAUACAUUAUCACAGCAUACUGGCUAUAUGCCUGGCCUGCCAAUAUUGUUCUUCUCAGACCAUAUUUCAAAAGUCAAGCUUUGUUUACAAAAUAGAUCAGUUGGUGUAGCAACUUGCUAAGCAUAAAUUGAAAUAAUUUGCUUUUUUAUUUUACUGGACUGAUGGUACCUGCAUCUGAUUGUCAUGGUGCUUUCAAUAUACAAAUGGGAAUCGGCGGAAAAAACAGGUCAAAUCAUGUCAGUGAUCUUCAGGUUGGAAAGUCGGAGGUCUAGAAAGAUGCCAGAGUUUCUGACUUGUAAUUCAUGACCGUUCGAAAAAAUAAAAAUCCAGUUAGAUUCUCAAUUUCUUCCCAGAGUUCCCAGUUGUUUUGAACACAGCAUUAGUCUCAGUGGAGGGAGAGAACAGCAGAGGGUCCACUUCUCACAGUCACUGCUCUCUCCUACCUUUCCUCUGGUGAGACUGAACAGAGAGAGGGGACACCGUCUUCCACCUGAUGGCCGCAUCUGCCUCAUGCACAAAUUCAUGUUCCUAUGACCAGAGAAAGUGAAAUAUUCCUCUAAAAAUAGACACGACGAUGGACUAAUAAUAAUAAAAAACGCAGGGCUAGCAAUACACUUGGCUACUCAUUCAUUGCAGCUGCAUCGCGAGUGGAAGUAGUAGAGAAGAGCGUUUUAUGUUUUGCAAUGGUGCAGAUGUCUUUUUAAAAUUGUUUUACAUGAACUCACUCAUAAAAACAGCAGCUCUUUACUGUA